AAUAAAUUAAAUUGCUGCGACAAGAAAAAAGUGUCUUCAUUUACUAAGAGUGCAAAGUGUACUUAAAAACAUACGCCAACUCUCUGCCAUAAUUGCAGCCAACUCAAUUGCAUUGCACUCCACGUACACAAAGUGCUGCCAACUUAACACAAAAGAUAUAUAGUAAAUAAAAAGAAAAAAAGAAAAAAAUAAAACAAACACAAACCACAAAAGCAAACAUUAACACACAGAAGCACACCUAAACAUACCAACAAACAUAAAGUAACGCAAAACCACAUACAUACAUACAUAAACACACACACACACACAGAUAUUACUCAAAUAUUACACAAUAGUUUCUAAAGCCUUUCACCAAACAUUCUUUUGUGCAGUUGUUGGGUUAAAACAAUCCAUUUUAGUACAAUUUCAUACCGCAAAACGCGAAAAAGUGGCUACAACGCCAACAAAAGCGCAUUCAACAUGCUUUUUGGAUUAAAAUUGUUUACAUUUUUAUGGAUAACGCUGGCAACUCUUUGGUUAAAACUCACCGUCGCACAGCCAUCAUUAACCGAGAAAAUCCCGUUAGGUGCAAUAUUCGAACAAGGCACAGAUGAAGUGCAGUCCGCCUUUAAAUAUGCGAUGCUGAAUCAUAAUCUCAAUGUAUCAUCGAGACGGUUCGAGUUGCAAGCCUACGUGGACGUCAUCAACACAGCGGAUGCAUUCAAAUUGUCGCGAUUAAUAUGCAAUCAAUUUUCGCGUGGCGUUUAUUCGAUGUUGGGCGCAGUAUCUCCGGAUUCCUUUGACACAUUGCACUCGUACAGUAACACAUUUCAAAUGCCAUUUGUGACGCCAUGGUUUCCGGAAAAAGUGCUCACACCCUCAUCCGGUUUUCUUGAUUUUGCCAUCAGUAUGCGUCCCGAUUAUCAUCAGGCGAUUAUUGAUACAAUACAAUUUUAUGGCUGGCGCAAAAUAAUUUAUCUCUACGAUUCGCACGAUGGACUUUUGCGAUUGCAGCAGAUAUACCAGGGUCUUAAGCCCGGAAAUGAGUCAUUCCAAGUUGAAAUGGUUAAACGUAUUGCCAAUGUAACAAUGGCCAUCGACUUCCUGCACACAUUGGAGGAUUUGGGCCGCUUCACUAAUAAGUACAUUGUGCUCGAUUGCCCAACGGAAAUGGCCAAAGAGAUACUAAUACAGCAUGUGCGUGAUAUUUCGCUCGGGCGUAGAACAUAUCAUUAUUUGCUCAGUGGACUGGUAAUGGAUGAUCGCUGGGAAAGCGAAAUCAUCGAGUUCGGUGCCAUUAAUAUUACCGGAUUUCGUAUUGUUGACACUAAUCGUCGUCUGGUACGUGAAUUUUAUGACAGUUGGAAGCGCCUGGAUCCAACUACAUCCGUUGGCGCCGGAAGAGAAUCAAUUUCGGCCCAGGCAGCGCUCAUGUACGAUGCUGUUUUUGUUUUGGUUGAAGCUUUUAACAAAAUCCUUCGCAAAAAACCCGAUCAAUUCCGGAACAAUAUACAACGACGAGGUCAGACAAUGAUGGCAGCUGCCUCCACGUCCGCUAAUGGCACAGGUAUGCCAGCAGGUGGUAUCGGCGGCAAUGGCAUGACUGGCAGCGGCAACGGUGGCGGCAUAGGCGGCAAUGGCGGUGGAGGAGGCGCUGUGCCGCGUGCUCUAGACUGUAAUACAUCGAAAGGUUGGGUGAACCCCUGGGAACACGGUGAUAAAAUUUCGCGCUAUUUAAGAAAGGUUGAAAUCGAAGGUCUCACUGGUGACAUCAAGUUCAACGACGAUGGACGACGUGUGAACUACACGUUGCACGUUGUCGAAAUGACUGUUAAUAGCGCCAUGGUAAAGGUUGCCGAAUGGAGUGACGAAGGUGGGCUACAACCACUUUCGGCAAAGUAUGUGCGCCUACGUCCGCACGCCGAAAUUGAAAAGAAUCGCACAUACAUUGUGACAACAAUGCUGGAGGAGCCUUACAUUAUGGAAAAGCGUCCUGCACUUGGUGAACAAUUGGAGGGUAAUGACCGCUUUGAGGGUUACUGUAAAGAUUUGGCGGAUUUGCUGGCAAAAAAAUUGGGCAUAAAUUACGAAAUACGUCUCGUUAAAGAUCGCAGUUACGGCGCUGAAAAUCCAAAUGUUCGCGGCGGCUGGGACGGAAUGGUGGGCGAGCUGGUACGCAGGGAAGCUGAUAUUGCAAUUGCCGCCAUGACGAUUACCGCCGAACGGGAACGUGUCAUUGAUUUCAGCAAACCUUUCAUGUCGCUGGGCAUUUCGAUAAUGAUUAAGAAACCAGUGAAGCAAACGCCAGGCGUGUUCAGUUUCAUGAAUCCAUUAUCACAGGAAAUUUGGGUGAGCGUCAUCUUUAGUUACAUCGGCGUGAGUAUCGUGCUAUUCCUUGUGUCCCGCUUCUCGCCCUACGAAUGGCGCAUUGUGCAGUAUCAGACGGAUUCACAUUCACAUCACGAUCAGCUUUCCAAUCAACAACCGCCCGGCAUCAUUGGUGGCGUGCCCGUGCCAGCACCCAUGACAGGUGCUGGUGUGUCGACUAACUCUACUAGUGUGCCAACUGCUGCUGCAGCCGCCGUCAAUGAAUUUAGCAUUUUGAAUUCGUUUUGGUUCUCCCUUGCCGCAUUUAUGCAGCAAGGUUGUGACAUUUCACCAAGAUCUGUCUCUGGUCGGAUUGUGGGCGCUGUUUGGUGGUUCUUUACACUCAUUUUAAUUUCAUCGUACACAGCUAACUUGGCUGCAUUUCUCACUGUCGAACGCAUGGUGACACCAAUCAAUUCACCGGAGGAUUUGGCCAUGCAGACUGAGGUGCAGUACGGCACAUUGCUGCACGGCUCCACCUGGGAAUUCUUCAAG